AUGGAGCCGGGACCCUUCGACAACAGAGAGGUACUUUAUCUACAGCAUGAGCAUAGGUCCCAGUAUGUAUGGGAUGCACCGGUAUCCUCUAGUAGAGUGGUCCGUAGCCGUGCGGGGAAGUCAGUAUGGGAUAUUCUAGAGGUUAUUCCCCCACAUCCCCAUGUCAUAGAUAUACUACGUCGGGGCGAUAUCUACUGGUGCAUCGAAGUUGGUCAGCUUGUGCACGAUAGGGCUUUAGUGACGAUUGAAGGACAGGCAUUGUAUAGAGUGGAGCCUCCGGAGAUGUUGCCGUAUCGCCAAGAGUUGGCUAGGCUCACUGGUUUCGAGCCUCUGCAGAGGGAUAUGCGUGGACGGAGUCGGUUGUUGCGGUCCUCCCUCCAUGCUCACCUGCGCCUCGUAGAUCUGCAACAUCCGAUUGGCGAGGUGACGCCUCAGGCUGAUGUUGACCGACGAGCUCGCUUAUUACUUUUUAUCAUAUUCGGGGGCAUAAUGUUCCCGAACACGUCGGGUGCGGAUAUGAGUAUUAGGUAUCUGCUCUUUAUUGAGGACCUAGACCAGUUGGGAUGUUAUAGUUGGGGCGCCGCUGUCCUGGCUUACAUAUACAAAUGA